AUGGAAAACAUUGAUUUGGAUGAGGGUGAAGAGUCUUCCCAGUUCCACUCAGAAGAAAUCACUUAUAGUGAGAUCCUUGAAUUGAUGAAACAGGGAAUUCCAGGAAAGAAAUGUGGGACCAUUAUAUUCUUCGCAGAGGAACUCAGCAACUGCCGGGAUAUAGUAACAAUGCAACUCUGUGCCAAUAAAUUAGACAAGAAAGACUUCUUUGGGAAAUCUGAUCCCUUCCUUGUGUUUUACCGAAGCAAUGAAGAUGGCACGUUUACUAUUUGUCAUAAAACUGAGGUUGUGAAGAACACACUAAAUCCUGUCUGGCAGCCAUUUACCAUCCCUGUACGAGCACUAUGUAAUGGCGAUUUUGACAGGACUGUUAAAGUGGAUGUGUUUGACUGGGAGCGAGAUGGCAACCAUGAUUUUAUUGGUGAAUUUACCACAAGUUAUCGAGAGUUAUCUCGAGGACAGAACCAAUUUAAUGUAUAUGAGGUCAUAAAUCCGAAGAAGAAAGGAAAGAAGAAAAAAUACAUCAACUCUGGAACUGUUACACUCCUGUCUUUCACAGUAGAUUCAGAAUACACGUUUGUAGAUUAUAUAAAAGGAGGGACACAACUCAACUUCACAGUAGCCAUCGAUUUCACAGCAUCAAAUGGUAAUCCUUCACAGCCCACCUCCUUGCAUUACAUGAACCCGUACCAAAUGAAUGCUUAUGCAAUGGCACUGAAGGCAGUUGGGGAGAUAAUCCAAGACUAUGAUAGUGACAAACUUUUCCCAGCAUAUGGAUUUGGGGCAAAGAUUCCACCAGAAGGGAAGAUUUCCCAUGAGUUUCCACUGAAUUCUGACUUUUCAAAUCCUAACUGUGUGGGUAUUGAAGGAGUCCUAGAAUCAUACUACCACACUUUAAGGACUGUCCAGCUCUAUGGACCAACCAACUUUUCUCCGGUCAUCACAAAGACAGCAAGGUUAGCUGCUGAAGUGACAGAUGGCUCUCAAUAUUUCGUUUUGUUAAUAAUCACAGAUGGCGUAAUCUCAGACAUGGCCCAGACCAAAGAAGCUGUUGUGAAUGCAGCCUCACUUCCAAUGUCAAUCAUUAUUGUGGGAGUAGGGCCUGCAGAGUUUGAUGCCAUGGAGGAACUAGAUGGAGAUGAAGUGCGACUGUCUUCAAGAGGGCGCUAUGCAGAGAGAGACAUUGUACAGUUUGUGCCAUUCAGAGACUAUGUGGAUCGUGCUGGAAACCAAAUCCUGAGCAUGGCACGCCUCGCCAAAGAUGUCCUGGCAGAGAUCCCAGAUCAGCUGUUGUCAUACAUGAAAGCACGAGACAUCAAGCCUCGCCCACCAGUUACAUCCACACCACAGCAUUCUUUGAAUUCACAGAUCUGACAAUCAUUCUGCUGCUGUUUCUGCUGCAUUGAUUCAUUGAGCUUCCAGCCCCAUGUGCUUGGUGUGGGACAAAAAGAUCUGAAACCCAUUUUGAAAAGCUGCCAUUGGCUGUCUAUAUUGCACCCAUUUUCAUUUCUGCAUAACAAGCUAUUUACAAAAAUUACAAACUCUGUGAACUAUGCUAAUUUAUAAGAAUGAACAGUAGCACAAAUAACUGAGAAGGAAUUAACCACCAUUUUCCUAAGACCUUUUAGUACUGCUACUGUAAUGAAUGAAUAUAACACAGUCCCAUAAAAUGAAGAGCACUGUAUCAAUAUACUAAAUGGGAAAAUCUGUUUAAAGUGAGACACUGCCUUUUUCCACUUCCUCCUCCUAUAACAGAAAUUGGCAGAAGAAAAGCUCUUGUGUGGAAAAAGAAGCAUUCUGCAUAACAGGAAGAACAUUUAAUAGCUAUGUUCUACUGAUUGUUACCGAACUGUAAUUCAAAGCACAGUAGUGGGUGUGUAAUUAAAAAUAGUGCAUGAGCUAGGCCUGUUAUUUAUCACUCUUUAUAAAUAUUAAGCAUCACAUCUGGAACAAGUUCUGCAUUAAGGAGUUUUGUCCAUCAUUAAGAAUGUAAAACAUAAACAGGGGCUUCACGUUA